UGCAGGGCAAGGUCAAGCCCGACGGUCCCCGGAAGGAUCCGGUUUAGGGGGCGGGGGCAUCCCGCAACAAUGAGGGUGUCGGCAGAACUAAUCCAAUGUGUAGUCAGCAGCUAACGGUGUUGAGCGACGAUCAGCAGUCGAUUUUGUACUCGGAACAGGCCGGGGUAUUUGUAAACAUGACCACCCUCACACGACAGGACCUCAAUUUUGGACAAGUUGUUGCAGAUGUACUGUGUGAAUUUUUGGAAGUGGCUAUUCAUAUGAUCCUGUACGUACGUGAGGUUUAUCCAGUUGGAAUAUUUCAGAAAAGGAAAAAGUACAAUGUACCUGUCCAGAUGUCAUGCCACCCCGAGCUUAACCAGUACAUCCAGGACACAUUGCAUUGUAUCAAGCCUCUGAUUGAGAAGAAUGAGGUGGAUCGGAUGGUGGUAGUGAUCCUGGAUAAAGAGCAUCAUCCUGUAGAGCGCUUUGUCUUUGAGAUUUCACAACCUCCUCUCUUGUCUGUCAGCUCUGACACACUGCUUUCCCGUGUCGAGCAGCUGCUUCGAGCGUCGAUCCUGAAAAUCAGUGUCUGUGAUGCAAUUCUUGAUAGCAACCCGCCAGGCUGUACCUUCACUGUAUUGGUCCAUACCCGAGAUGUUGCCACACGAAACAUGGAGAAAAUUCAAGUGAUAAAGGACUUCCCAUGGAUCCAUGCUGAUGAACAGGAGGUGAACAUGCGAGAGCCACGGCUAAUCCCGCUAAAAACUAUGACAUCAGAUAUUUUAAAGAUGCAGUUGUACGUUGAAGAGAGAGCUCAGAAAACAUCCUGAUGUCAUGGAGUCUAGAUGAUCUGACGUACAAAGUGAAGGAGAGAAUCCAAUACAUUGGCUAUAUUUCAUUACUGAGCUGACUUUUGGAGUGGAAGAGAACUUCCAAAAUUCGUUAAGUGUGAAACGUUAUCAGGGACCAAGUCCUGAAUUUGUACCUAAGGGUGUUAACCCUUUUAUACAGUAGUCAUAGCUUGUACUUUGACAUUGUGUUGUGCUGCAUUAAUUGAGAAAAUGAAAUUUUGUGUAAAUUUCUGGUUCCAGGCCUGGGUUUGAAAGAGCUAUCUCCUGCAUGAUUAGGUGUUGUUUUAACAAUGUAACUUUUUCUGAAUAGACUAGAGAGCAUUCAUACAACACUGUAAAAGGCACAAAAAUGACUAGAUUCUGCACCCCCUCCCAGAAUUAACUACCAGUUUCCACAAUAAGGAAUUGGUCAGUUGUGGGAAAGGCUACAGCCAGCACCAAAUAGGAGGGAACAGUGACCAGGAGAGAGCUGAAACCUUACUUUGUAUGGUGGUCCUGGAAGAAUUGCUAGAUGAAAGAAUAUUUUAAAUAAAUGCUUGAGGUUUGUGUUUUUGUUGUACUUUUAAAAAUGCUGGAAAUAAAAUCUUUACAUAAAGAA